AUGUCCAACCCCACCCCUCCAGCAACAGCACUCCUCCUCUCCCUCCCCGCAGAGCUCCGCAACGAAAUCUACGAUCUCGUCUUCGCCCCCGAACCCGUCUACCUCUGCGGCGCCACAAACAUAUACUCACACCAACGAACCAAGCACAUCAACCUCCUACAAUCGCAGCCACCCAACUACGCUCUCCUCUUAACCUGCCGGCAAAUAUACCUCGAAGCGAUGCAGCUGUAUUCCGACGGGUAUCGGGCGUACCAGACUCCCUUCGCAGCGCGAGACCGGAAGAUUACUGCGUUAAAGGAGAGGAGGGCCAGGGGGGUUUUUUGGGAUUAG